AUGAGGGCAACCAUUAUUGUGAUGGCCUUGACGGCCUGUGUUGCAUCUUUGCCUACUAUCCCUCAUUCCGGCCAUGCUCAAACCAACGCUGAUGAGUCCUAUCUUCCCAUGAGACGGGCCGAGACGAGUGCCGACGAGUCAUACCUCCCAAUGAAGCGAGCCGAGACCAGUGCCGACGAGUCCUAUCUUCCCAUGAGACGGGCCGAGACAAGCGCGGAUGAGUCUUACUUGCCCAUGAAGCGAGCCGAUACCAGUGCCGACGAGUCAUACCUCCCCAUGAAGCGAGCCGAGACGAGCGCGGAUGAGUCCUACUUGCCCAUGAAGCGAGCUGAGACGAGCGCGGAUGAGUCCUACUUGCCCAUGAAGCGAGCUGAGACGAGUGCGGAUGAGUCUUACCUCCCUAUGAGGCGAGCUGAGACGAGCGCCGACGAGUCCUACUUGCCCAUGUAG